AAAGACAGCGGGCGGCAGUGGUGCCCGCGCCUCGGCAGGCUUGCUCGGGGGAGGAGGAGGAGGAGGAGGAGGAGGAGGAGGAAGAGUUUUCUCACUGUUCUCGAAGACAUUCCAGCAGCUGCGCAUCUUUUAUUCCCGAUCUUUUAUUCCUACAAACCUGUGUGAAGACAAGUUAUGUCAACAGCUACUUUAAUUAAUUUGGUACGAAGUGGAGGGUAUCAAGUAAGAAGGAGAGCUCUGCUGACGUCCCGCCUCUUGCAAGACGAGAAGCGUCCCGCAGCCGCCUGCUACAGCUCCACCUCCGAGCGCCGUGCUUCCCGCUUUGAUCCAGACGGGAGCGGGCGACCUACCACAUGGGACACCUUUGGCAUCUGGGACAAUCGCAUUGACGAACCUAUUCUCCUCCCACCAAGCAUAAAGUAUGGGAAGCCAAUUCCCAAAGUCAGCCUGGCCAACGUGGGCUGCGCUAGCCAUAUCGGGAAGCGUAAGGAAAAUGAAGACCGGUUUGAUUAUGCUCAGCUGACAGAGGAUGUCCUGUGCUUUGCAGUUUAUGAUGGACAUGGCGGGGCAGCAGCAGCGGACUUCUGUCAUAAGUACAUGGAAAAAUAUAUUAAAGAAUUUCUUGCUGAGGAGGAGAACUUGGAAAAUGUUUUGAACAAAGCUUUUCUAGAAAUAAACAAAGCGUAUGAAAGGCAUGCUCAUCUGUCUGCUGAUGCAACUCUGAUGAACUCUGGGACCACUGCAACAGUGGCUCUGCUCCGGGACGGGAUUGAGCUGGUUGUGGCGAGUGUGGGAGACAGUCGGGCGCUGCUGUGUCGAAAGGGAAAGGCCAUGAAACUCACCAUUGACCAUACUCCAGAAAGGAAGGAGGAGAAGGAAAGGAUUAGGAAGUGCGGUGGCUUCGUUGCCUGGAACAGUUUGGGACAACCUCAUGUGAAUGGUAGACUUGCAAUGACGCGGAGCAUAGGAGAUUUGGAUCUUAAAAACAGUGGUGUGAUAGCCCAGCCAGAAACUAAAAGGGUUCAGUUGCAUCAUGCAGAUGACAGCUUCCUGGUCCUUACGACGGACGGUAUUAACUUCAUGGUGAACAGUCAGGAGAUCUGCGACUUCAUUAACCAGUGCCACGAUCCUGCUGAAGCUGCCCAUGUUGUCACCGAGCAGGCAAUGCAAUUCGGCACUGAAGACAACAGCACGGUUGUCAUAGUGCCAUUUGGAGCAUGGGGAAAGUACAAAAACAGUGAGAUCAACUUCUCCUUCAGCCGCAGUUUUGCUUCCAGCGGGAGGUGGGCGUGAAGACCUGCCGCAGCUCUCGUUUCCUGGACACAGCGUGCUACAGGAGAACACAUCCAUCUGUUCAUAGGUUGACUCGGUGUCUUGUCCAUCUCUUCUGUUCCCAGUGUUAUAGAGGAUGCCACUGCUCCCUCGGUGCGUAAUGCCCCGUUGCUGCUUAUGGGUGAUCGCAUUUUGCUGCGUUUAUUUAUUCCGGUCAGCAUUGAGGCAGCUAUUUCUUUGGGUUUGUAGUCCCAGCAGCUCUGCACAUCACUUUGUUCACAUAGACAAGGCUCUGGGCUUUCACCUAAGGCUGGAGGUGUUGUACAAUUGUUUCAUACCUACUUGUAUUACCCAGGACCCUCAGUUACCUGGCAGCUGUGUAAGUCUGAGUCUGAGCCACGCGCGGGCUUCUUUGUACGUUAAUACAUGGGGGAACAAACGCACAGUGUUCUUUUAGGUAGACAAAAAGAGGGUGUGUUGUCUUCCUCUGCUGUGCAGCCACCCAAAACUCCCCUGUGCUUCAGGAGAAGCAGGUGAAAGAUAAGGGAGAAGUUUCAGAAGUGUUUAGGUUCUGAUGCCACUGGCAUUUGGCGUAGCUGAACAACUUCCCGAGACAGGGCUGCUUUGCGGGGCUUUGUGCUCCCACUGCCAUCAUCUGUGACCCUCUGGCUCCAAGGAGGCAGAGCAGGCUGGAGCCACGUGCCCUCAGACAAAUGGGAACCAUUCUCCGUGGGGUCCAAAGCCUGCACGGUCUCUGUGGACCACGCAGCAGCCCCUUGCACUGUCUCCUCUUGGGUGUGCCUGUGCUUGACAGGAGCGCAGAGGAGGGAAAAAGCUGCACAUUUUUGCUAUCCGGAGACUCUCAUCAACUUGAAUUUUUUUUUUUUUUUUUUUUUAAAAAAGAAAACCAGCUAAUUUCAGAGUUUACUAAUCAAGAUUCUUUGGAUGUGUAAGACAGGAGAGUUUAUUUCUUGAUAAAUAUAUGAGGAUUUUCCUGCCCUGUGCUGAAGGUUGCUUUCAGUUAGUUGUGAUUUCCCGUGUCUCUUCACGGUAUACAGGAAGCUGCAAAAUGCCCGAAGCAAGCAAACUAGAGAAAGGAAAGAGCGUUAUAAUAAAGUAAUUUUUAUAAGUUUUGGGUAUUGGUUCUAGUAGGUGUCAGAUAUUCAGACACCAGAAGGUAGUUUUAUAUUUAAAGGAAGCAGUUCCACUUCCCUUUCUGGAGGGAGCCUGCGUGCAGUGAGGGGGGGGGCGGGCAGAGCUCUGAGCCAGCUCGUAUCGGUGCUGCAGAGCGAAGCUGACGUGGAUCUGUCCCCACGUGCCUUGUUCCAGCCUCCUGCUCCCUCCGCUCCGCAUCAGGUGUGUGCAGCUCCCGGGGCCUCCGAGUCACCCUGUUGCAAUGAAACACAGGCAGAGAACUGGGCUUUUAGGCUUGCUGCAGUAUUUUUCAUUCUGUGCAUGCUUCCAACAGCACAAUUGUAAAAAACAAAACAAGUGAAAGAGAAGUGGCCUGAUACUAAAUCACCUUGCCAUGAGGAAAAAUAUUUCUGAUAUGCCUGGCCUGAUUCUCAUUUUCCAGUGUGAAGUAUUCGUCUUUAUCACUUUUAGCCCUGGGUUACACCUUAGGCAGUCAUUCCACAUGUUUUUCCUUGCCUCUGGUUGAAGGCCUAGCAGCACCCAGCGGAGCACGGUGGUGUACUGACAGCAUUAAGUACUAGGUGUUGCUAAGACCAUGCUAAGAGUAUGCUGGUCUUGUCCCGUCAUUUGAUGUAUUAUGUGGUGGAUAUCAUGUGUAUAUUCUGUUUAUAAGUACGAAGAGCUUGUGAGUCAGUGUACAUAAAUCUCUGUUGUAGUGGAUGCUGUUGCCCAGGCCUCUGGAACAAGCGCAUUGCUGCUUUACAACAGUAGCCCCUCCUCUCUCCUCAGAUUCUCCCUAGGGUUGGGGUUCACUCUUCAGCUGAGCUCAGAAUGUUUGCUGGUUGUGGUCCUGGGCUCAGCCUUGCUUACCUGAGGCAGAGGGGCACUUCUAGUUGUUACCAGGGAGAGCAGGUUCUCAGUCUGCGGCAAGUUUGAAGAUUUCCCACAACCCACUUGUGGCAAAAAAAGGGCAGAACACAGCCUCUCCCGAGCAUCUGCAGAGAGGUCACACCCGGCAGAGGCCGAGAGCUGCUUGGGGAAUGUGGUUAUGAUCGGGUUGUGCUGCAGCUUGAACUUCUCCUGCCAAAGAAGUGACCUGCUAAAACAGCAAGUCCGAUAGUUCCUAGCAAAGGGUUAAUCACAGCCCGCAGCAGUCUGAGGCCGCACAGUGAGGGGUGGGAGCCAAGCUCUGGAGAGGGAGUUGCUUUGGUGUCGAGUGUCAGGCAGGCUUGAGCCCUGCUGCCGGGAUUUGGACAGGCUCCAUCGCCACUGUCCUGUUGGGCCGGCUAGCCCUCAUCUAUCCAGCCAGAAGGUAUCAAGAGUGCUGGGGGUGUUCCUGACACGUACACAUUGAUUUUUUUUUUUUUUUUUUUUUUUUUGUAUUACAUGCAGGCUGCUCAGCACUGCAAAUGAAAAGCAGAUGCUCUGAGGAAUGACACGGCAGUUAGAGUUGCUUCUAAACAUUGACCCAGAUGUAACUUAAACCCACAGGUUUUCUUCUCGUUGGAGGUUUUGGGGUGUUUUUUGUUUUAUCCCUGUCUGCUUGCCUGAUUGCAUAGAGAAUAAAAGUGGUUGCAGAGCUAUUCUUUCUUCUAACAGAGCGGUUAUCCUCUCAGAGGAAGGAUCCAGCCAUAACUUUUAAAGUUUUAAAAGGAAGGGAUAAGACAGAGCUUCGCAAAACAGAAGAUGAUUAGAUAAAGAUGUAUUGGCAGUUGCUAUUAUUGCCUUUAUACAAUUGCAGAAAAACUUGGAUUGGAAAGGACUUCUGGGUGUUGUCUAGCACAGUCUCCUGCUCAAAGCAGGGUUAACUUAAGAACUGCAUACUGCAGUGAAAGGAUGUCUCCUGACAUAGAAAUGCAGUGCAGUUUACCUGGGGAACCACUUAAUUGUAUCGAAGUUGAAAACUUACCAGUAUUUAGCAGGCACUUUGUAUAGCUAUCAAUAAAUUUCACCAAUACAUUAGCACAUAAAACUAAGAUAUGAGCCAUUUUGCUCUAAGCAAAAGCAAAUCAAUAACUGACAGGAGAUUACAGAGAUGCAUUUCUUACGCACAGUUUAUUCCCUGCUUGUUCAUUCUAGUUUUCUGCAUCUCAUUCUGAAGUAAAUGAGCUACUACUGAAGAUGAAAUGCUUUGCCAAGUGGCCCAGUAGUCUGCCCGUUCCUCCUGCCAUUAAGAACAGAGGUACCUUCACACUGGUUUGUGUGGAUUCCUGCCUUCGUGCUGCACAUGGCAAGACUCAGUGCCGGCUUGAAAAGCACAGCAUUUUGUAGAAACACUCCAUUACCAAGACUGUUGGUCUCUACCUCCUGAACCACAGUCUUGCUUUCUCCUACCAAGAUGACAGUGAACUCCCCUAAGAUUUAGUGGCAGCUGCACCAAACCUUGUUUUUUUCCAAGAAGUCGGGAAAGUUCCUGGGUGAUGGAUUUUUCAUCAUUUGGCACUUCUCACUGAAGACUCAUUAGAACAAGCCCCUGCCCUUGCAUUUUGGUUUUGGGACUGUUUUGACACCGAUACCGCGGUGGCAGUGUUGACCCUGGCUUGGUUGGGGUCACGGUUACACUUGCCUGGUUCCUUCAGAAACUCACUCUUUGUUGGUUCAGGUCAUUCCUGCUACAUUACUUCCUACAACUCGCAUCGCAGAUUAUUUUUCUCCCCUCAAGGUUAAAUCUCCCUGAGGUGCACCCCAGGUCUCCCCAUCCUUCCGCAUUACUCACCAAGUAUACCCAGGUCCUUGAGCGAAGACAAUCCCAGGAAUGGGUUUGCCUCUUCCCAUGGGAGGAGCAGUCCACACUGCCUUCCCCGGCCCACUUCGCUCUGUGCACUACGGAGACCUUAUCUCCUCCCACAGCACACAGGGGUUUUGUUUGGGCUGGACCAGGAUGAUUAGCAGAUCCUCUGGUGUUAACCAGCCAAGUGGCUUCUGCUAAAUUUGUAUCCUAUCACCCAACACCUUCAGCAUAGUCUUUAACAGUCCAUUAUAUCUCUCAAUCUUUCCAGAGGCUUGUGGGGGUUAGGGGAGGUGAUACGCCCACUCAAGGCCAUGUUUCUUUGCCUGGGAGUUUAUGAGGUUAUUUUGGAAAUAAGUCCCACUGCCUGAUUCCGUUAUUUCUGGGGUACCAUGUUGGCACAAAACUUGCCUUUCAAGGCCUAAGCUGGCAUUUGGAGCAGUGGCGUGGUUUACACGGUGUUUCUAGCCAACCAGUUGUUGCUUCCACCCCGGUGAGUGUGUAGCACUUUUCUUGGCGUGUUUGAGGCAGCAAUCCCAUAUAGUCACCUUGCCAGGCCUCGCUGUAUUGCAAACGCAGCCACCCUCAAUUCCAGGGUGAUUUUACUCGUGUGACUUGCUCGCUGGCCGCAUGUUUCUCAUUCACGCGUGACCUGUGUGAUGGCCUCCACAGCCAGGCCACCCCUCAAUCACAAGCCCAUCUGUAUGUUGCAUCUCUCCCUCGAUGUCCCAAUGUUUUGUGAGCCCAUCGAGCUACAAACAGCUCACCCUUACACUCCCAGGCCAGGCCCACCUGAGCUACUGCAAUUCUGACAGCCUCAUCUACCUCUUCAUUGUUCCAGUGUUCAGUGGCGCAGGUUUUAAGAACGUGAGCAUCUACAUGACUCUAACCUUUAGAGCCAUGUUUUCUACUCAGACAGCAACGUCCUGCUGCAGUGCAGCAGCCCAGAUGGGUUUACCCCUGUGCUGCCAGUUGGUCUUCUUCCACCGCCGUAGCCACUCCUGCAGGGCAUUAGCCACCAUCCCAGAGUCAGUAUAGAGUACUGGCCCCUUUUCUCAUUCGGCAAUCUCUAGGGCUAGUUGGCUGGCUUUCACUUCUGCAAACUGAUUUGACUCACCUUCUCCUUCAGUGGUUUCAACAACUUGUCGUGUGGGACUCCACACAGCAGCUUUCUACUUCCGAUGGGUUUCCUACCACCCAACAGGAUCCAUCAGCGAACAAAGUGUAACACCUUUCAUCUGAGAACUCAAUAUAUGGUGGUGCCUCUUGGGCAUGAGCCACCUCCUCAGGCAGCACUCCAAAAUCUCUGCCUUCUGGCCAGUCUGAUCUCUUCCAGGAUCCCUGGGCUCUUGGGUUUCCCCGGCUGAUCGGUGCUACCAUGUAGCACCGGCUGUGUGAUGUGUAGAGGGGAUGUUUCCCUUGAACAUCCAGCGUAGCAUGGGCAAUCGCAGUGCCAAGAGGAGACACGCUUCUGUACCAGGAACCUCUGAAGUGGCCUGAACCCCCUCAUAUGCUGCUCGUAUCUCUUUUUCAGUUGGGGUGUAGGGAGCUUCUGACCCUCAGUACCCCCGGCUCCAAAACCCUAAUGGUCAACCUGGGGUUUCUCUGAUGUUUUCUGCCAGAGGCUCCAGGUGAGACUGUGCUCCCCAGCCGCUCUGUCGAGCACAUUUGGCACAGCUGGUCCUGUCCAGACAGGCCCAAGAGCUGCUGCACGAGCUGUUUCCAGUUUGAUAGGCUCAAAGGCUCGUUGUUGCUCAAGGCCCCACUCAAAGUAGUUCUUCUUUUGGGUUACUCGAUAGAGAGAGCUCACAAGCUGGCUAGAACCUGGCACGUGCAUUUUCCAGAAUCCCACAGGGCCCAUGAAAGCUUGUGUUUCGUUCUUGUCAGCUGGUGGAGACAGAGUUGCAAUCUUGUUGACCACAUCCAUAGGCACAUGAUGAUGUCCAUCCUGCCAUUUGAUUCCCAAGAACUGAAUAUCCUGUGCAGGGCCCUUGACCUUGAUAUUUUUUUUUUUUUUUUUUGUUUAAUGGCUAAAGCAGCUUUCGGAAGAAUCUGAAUGACUCUUUUUCCCUUCUCAAACUUUUCCUGCCUUGUUGCCCAGUGUGAUGAUGUCACUGAUGUAGAUGUUCAGGGGCAUCACCCUUUUCCAGUGCAGUUUGAAUUAGUGCAUAACACGUGGUAGGGCUGUGCUUCCACCCCUGGAGCAGUUGAUUCCAGCUGUAUUGGACACCCUUCUGUGUGAAAGCAAACUGGCUUGCGCUCUGCUGCCCGUGGGCAAUGUCACUUGGCUGCCUUUGACUCCAGUUCAUACUGGAGCUCUAACAUGUCUGGUACGGCAGCACUCGGGGGUGGCAUCACUUCGUUUGGGCCAUGAUAGUCCACGGUUAAUCUCCACCCUCUGUCAGAGUUCUGCACUGGCCAUAUGGGACUAUCAAAAGGUGAGUGAGUCUUGCUGAUCACUCCUUGACUCUUCGGUUGAUGCAUCGGCUCAUGGAUGGGAUCCAGGGAGUCUCGGUUUGUGCACUGUCCUGGAAGCAGUUGGCACCUGCUGUUCAACUCGCAGCAACCCCACAGCGAAGGGAUCUUCUGAGAGGCCAGGCAGGGUAGAUGGCUGUUUGAUCUUCUCGGGGCUCCCAGGGGCUACACCAAAAGCCCGCUGGUACCCCUUUGGCUCUUUGAAGUACCCUCUCCUGAGGUAAUCUGUGCCAAAGCUACAAGGGGCCUCUGGGCUGGUCACAGGGGGGUGCUCUUCCCGCAUGUCCCCUCUUAAGCUCACCUCAGCCUCCAGUAUGGACAAUUCUUGGCAUCCCCACGUCACUCCACAUGGGUGCAGCGCCCCUGUACCCUGGUGGCACCGGUGUCUGCCAAAAAGCCUUCUACCUCUGUGGGUCUGAGGGGCCAGGCUGUCGAAUCCACACAGUCCAGAGGACACCUGGUCAUCCCUUUCCUCCUCCUGGCUGAGGGCAAGGGACCAUCUAUUCGUGUUCCAGGUCAGAGCACCCACUGCCUGACCCUUGCAGUGCCAGAGCAGAAGUCCCCUCACCAGGAUGGAGGGAGGUGCUCUCAAUCCCUGCAUGUCCGGGAGAUCGCUGGUUGCCUCCUUGUGGCCCCACAGCCAGUAAGCUGACAGCCGCCUUGGCCGGCCCCAUCUCGCCGGCUCUUCCCUCUCACUUCCCGUACGUGGGCUUCCAGCUAAAGGCAGGUUCAGCCAGCCCACUUCACGUCCUCCACGCAAGCAGCAGCAGAGCGCGGCACGCGCCUGGGGCUCCCUUUCCCUCCGACUGAUUUCUUGGGGCAGCCAAGGUGCUGCCGGCCCGUAGGGAUGAGGAGGUACAAAGAUUUUCUUCGAAGUUUUGGAGCCAAGACGCUCUCUCCACAGUUGGUGUGCCCCCGCCCGGGCAGUAUGUCGCUGCCAAGCUGUUAGAAUGUGGCGCUGGGGCACCCGGAAUCACCUUCCUCCACGUGGCCUUUGUGCACGGGACAUCCAUCCCCUGGAGCUUUGGAGCCCUCCUCGUUGUCUAGAUGGCUGUAGGUGACUUCCAGCUUCGCUAAUUCAGGUUCUGGAUGCCUUCAUCUGCGGCAGCCCGCUUUCCUGGGGAGCUCACGAGAUCUGUCUUGAGUCUCGCCCUCACACCUGAGAGGCGCCAGCUCCAGAGACUGCGAAUUGCUGCCGCUUUUCCAAUUCCUCUCCUGAUUCCCCUGGUCUCUAACAAGGGAUCCCAGCUGUUGGGCUUCCUCCCCUCCCAGCUGCUGACUGUCGGCCCUGCUACCCCCGUGUCGCAGCAGCCCGGCAGCAAUCCGCUCACCCGGCUGGCGGCUGUAAUCUCUCUGCACGGCUCAAGGUUCUGAUGAGGUCAGGGACCAGAUAGUUUCCUCUUCCUGUCAGAAUUCUCCUUCCUCCAAUUUCUCUGUUGAAGGACCAGCUUCUUGAGCAAACAGGUUUUUUUUCUAUCUACUCAAUAAGCCUCCUGCUGUCUACAGCAGCUCCGCAAGAGAACAGCUUUACACCCCAAGGACCAGCAAAAUUCUCUUGCCCAGCAGAGAGCUCCUUUCUACUUGAGGACAAAAAGCCAAUUGUCCGAAGAGCAGCAGUUGCCUAUCAGAGAGGUUUAUUGCUGAAGGAUUGCUAGAGGUAUCUUACACUUUGAAUGAGACAAAUCAGAAUCUCAGUUUGCUCUCUGGCUCCCUGUCUUUCCCGUGCAUCUGUUGUUUCAAUGGAAAGAAUGAUAUUUUUUAUUACAGACUGAACUGAACACUAGGGGUGACCUGCUGAGCAAACCACAACAGGGAUUUGCAUUUUUCCUGCCUUUUAGGGAUGGAUUCUGAACUCCACUGGAUCUGGUAAGAGUAUUUUCUUGCCUGAAGGCUCCCCCUGGAGCAGUGGUAUUUCUCACUGUACAGGGGGGUGGGCUGUGGGUGCAGAAAGGCAAAAAAAGCUGUCCAGCUGAAUACUAAUUUUUACUGUGAGAAUAUGGAAGGCACAGCAGGGGAGGGCCUUGGGUUGCUGGAGGAUUUACCGGGAGAGGUGUUGAGGCUGCAACUGGAGUUCCAGCUCAGUCUCUCUGCCACCUGUAAAGGACGUUUCAUGCUUUGUAGAGGGAACUCGCUAAAAUGUCAUUUACAGCCUUGAUUUCGGAGAGCUGGUCUCGCUGGAAGGUGAGCAUUGUGCAAGAGAUUGCAAGAGGGGGAUGAGAUGACACAGUUUGUGUAAUACAGGGUGCUGAGUACAGGCAGUCCCUUGCGGUUGAAAGGCUCCGAGGGUUGGAGAAUAACCAGGGAGCAGCGUUUGUGGUUGAGAACGGACGUUUGGAGAGAAAUCAGCAAUAUUACUGCUUUUUACAUACUUGGGGGGAGAUGCAAAUUGUGAGGAGCUUGGACUCACCCUAGGAUUUCUGCCGACCUCCACAAGACCAGGGUAUCGGAUCACCUUCCCUGUCUCGGCAGGCAGAUGUGCUGUGGUCAAAGGCAUUGGGAUUUCUAGCUAGGGGAGAAGCACAAAACAACAAAUACCAGUGAAACUGCUUUAACAUGAAUUUUUCUUGAAGAAAUUCCGUCGGGCGCUGCUGGGCCCAUUGGCCACUCACCCAACAGGCUGAACGUGCGGCAGAGCAGCGCCCCGGGGAUUCCUCGCUCCGAAGCUGCUGCUCCCAGUGCAGAGGUGUCCGGGGGGCGUCCCCCUCACCCAGGGUACCCAGUGCCUGGGCAGCAGUGUUCACCGUAACUUCCUACAGACUUAAGUGCAAUUGUGUACAAUUGUUACAUAGGUUGCCUUAGGACUGUGUAUAAUUCCCAUGGUUUGAUGUUUGUGUUUGGUAUAAUCAGUGUCUAUAAUUGAUCUACUUCUUAAUUUUAUAGAGGUGUCCAUUGUGCCUUUUAUUCUCUUUUUUUUUUCUAAACGUUUGUCUCCAUCAGCUCAAAGCUACAGUGGAGCAGAUAAGUCUGUACUGGAAUGCUUAAAAGAUCUUUUAAUAAAGAAUUGGCUUCUA